CACUUUCCAGAUUUCGUGGAAAAAUCCGGUGCAAAAUUCAUUGGGAGGUUUAUCGUUUGCCGCAGCACCCAACGACUUCGACGACUCUCACCCGACCACCGAGUGUACGAGACACCGCCAUCUCCAAAAAUGUCGUCCAAGAAGCCCACCGGUAAGACCCAGCGCUCGGCCAUCGCCGACGUUGUCGCCCGCGAGUACACCAUCCACAUGCACAAGCGCAUGCACGGUGUCACCUUCAAGAAGAGGGCUCCUCGCGCCAUCAAGGAGAUCAAGGAGUUCGCUUACAAGGCGAUGGGUACCACCGAUGUCCGCAUCGACCCCCAGCUCAACAAGAAGGUCUGGGAGCAGGGUGUCAAGGGCGUUGCCUACCGUCUCCGUGUCCGUAUCUCGCGCCGCCGUAACGACGAGGAGGGCGCCAAGGAGAAGCUCUACAGCUACGUCCAGGCCGUCAACGUGAAGAACCCCAAGGGUCUCCACACCGUUGUCGUUGAGGAGUAAAUUUGGGUGUUCUGGCAAGACGAAUUUUUGGCACGAAGGGACCGCGGUUCAGGUUCAGGGCGGCAUUGGGCUUCCGGAGUUUUCGCAUGGCAUCUAGCUUCGCAUUACGAAUAAAGGGUUCGUAAAAUGGAACACGGCACCUUCGAUACCACCAAACCGCCUCCAGCAACGAUGAGGGAAGACAAUCGCAGUGUGAGGGCGUCGCAGAUGGUCAGGCAGGGGCUUCGUCAUGAAAAAUGAUACGCUCUAUGGACGAUAUACUGUCCAUUACAACCAAUGCUUGAUGUACUUCAUAAAGCCAGUCUGCAACCGGUAGCAGACGCGAGCAACAACGGGAUACCCAUUAAACAAACCCGCCCUGAUAAUGCAAUCCUGUUCCAGAGACCAAUACGCCAGGGAUUCCAACCUCGAGAAUAAACCAAUUUCUCCCAACCCAAUGCUCUCCUAAACUGCUCCUGCAUUUUGCCUUCAGUCGUCGUCAAUGUCCCUGUGACGGUCCAUGACCUUGGUCUUGAACAAGGUCGGGUCCUUGUCCCAAAGCUCAGCCGCCUCGCCGUUGAGCGGGGAAGCACUGUGAUGGGUGUUAGCUCUGAUCUCGUAGAAAUUGAAUGAGAGAGCAUGUGAAGUCCUUACUUGUUCGGCUCUCCAAGCAGGGAUUGCAAGCUCAGAAGGACGGUCUGAGUGUUGUAAGCAGCAGUCCACUUAUCCUUGAGGAUGUCGAGACAGAUGCGUCCAGAAAAGUCCACGUUGGGAUGGUAGAUCGGGGUUCUGAACAGCACCGUAGGCGGCGCGUAAGGAUAAUUCGCAGGAAAUUCAAAACUAAGCUUGAAGGUGAGGCCGGCAUAAGGGGUAUCCUCAGGUCCCUCGAUGGUAGCCCGCCACGAAAGGAGAUUGCCGUCGGCAGAGGGGAAGGCAGACACGCCCGGCGCCGGCGAUGUCAUUAGCUGCAUAAGCUCCGUCUGCAAUCUGUUUGCAGUCAUUAACAGUCAGUGGCCGAUACAUCAACAUAUUCAUUGUCUAUCAAACAUGCACCAGCUCAGUGAAAAGUG